AUGGAGCCGACAAAAGAUGACCCGAAUGGGCGCCAACAUGAUGAAGACCCGGCUCAGGAGCAAGACCAGGUCGUACAUAAACAAGAGCCACAGAAGCAACCGCUGGCGGAAGACGAGAACCACCUGCUCCAUCCUCAUAUCAACCGGGCUACCAGCCCAUCGUCCACCAUCAGCUCAGGUUACGGACCAACCCUUGGCAUGUAUCCGGCUCACGACGAGGGAUUGCCUGAGGUUGUUCCAGAUUCGAGCCCCCAGGCAAUGUCCCGCCUCGAAGCCGAGUACAAGCGCAAGUGGCUCGACGGCGAUGCGCCGCAGAUGGUGAUUCCAAAAGAGGUAGACACGAACAAGAUUGCCGUCAUGGGAGGAGAAGAGCAAUCUUCGGUGACGCCAGACGGGAUGUCGGGAGAUGUUGAGGGGGCACAUAAGGGGAGGAAAGGAGGAAAGAGGAUCUGCGGACUGCCACGGAGGACGCUGUGGAUUCUUGUGAUUGUUGCUGUGAUUGUGCUCGCUGCGGCGAUAGGGGGUGGAGUUGGAGGAGGACUGGCGGCGAAGAACUCUAAGGGGGAUGCUCCUCCAGAUGCUGCUUCGACAACAUCUAGCACACCAUCGUCGACUUCAACAAGCUCAACUACGUCCACAAAAACAAGCUCAACUACAUCCUCAUCCUCAUCACCAACCCCGUCUUUCCUCAACAACCAAACAACCUCCGGCAACACAUUCGCCUUCCAGGCCUUUUCCAACGACACGUUCCUCGGUAAAGCCACCACCAUCAUCGACGACGAGGGCGGCACGGAUCUCGGCUUCGAAGCCCACAGCUACGUCUGGCUCCCGUCGGUGACGGACUGCUGCAUCACGUUUUGCACGAACGCUACGAGCAAGGGCAUGGUUGGGUGGUUGUGCAGUCAGCGGAAGCAGCCCAAGUCGUCGGAUCCGUUUAAGCGGGUGUAUGUGUGGUGUCACCAGAAGCAUGAGAAGGCCAAUGCCAUUUGUAUAGAUCCGAAAACUUAG